UUCGUUUGACGUUUAAAGUAUUCAACGAAACGAAAAUAGUCAUAAAAAUAUAUUAUUUAUUUAUCUCCAAGUAUUUAUAUAUUAUAAUAAAUUUAUGGCGAUUUUUGAAAAUGGACAGGUUUGAAUAUAUAGAAGCCCGAUUAUUCGAUGGGGAAAAUUAUUUAAAACGUGACAAAAAUGUUAAAAUUUACAACGGGGAUGAUAAGACUCGUUUUGUGGAUGGGGAAGUGGUGCUCACAACUCACAGGAUCCUAUGGGCCAAGCCCGGUGAUAUACCUAAAGGACUAACUUGUUUAUCACUUCACCUUUACUAUGUCUUUUGCAUUGAAGAGGAAAGUGGAGGCGUUUUUGGACUCGGUGGCCCAAAGCGUAUCAUCUUGCACCUGGGACCAGCUCUUCCAGGUAAAAGACCAGGUCCGGAUGUAGGCAGCCCCUCACACUUUAUAAAAUUUUCCUUCAAAGAUGGCAUUGAUCCAGCAUUCUUCAAUGCUUUGAAUGAAGCUGUCACUACGAAGGCAUGGGAGCAGCAGCCUCUACCCUCAGAGACACCCGCUACCGUAUCCAGCACCAACACUAGUCCUCAAAAUAAAGCAACUCCUGUAAGCUCCAAGAUUCGGUCUGGUAUAGUUGGAAUUGAGAGAAGUAUAGAGGAGCAGCACCGCGCCACCGACCAGAGCAUCAGUGUUGCGUUUCAAGACUUGACAAAGCUUAUGGAAAAAGCUAAAGAUAUGGUUGGAAUAUCAAAAACUAUUUCUGCUAAAAUUAGGGAAAAACAAGGUGAUAUUUCUGAAGAUGAUACUGUGAGAUUCAAGUCUUACCUCAUGAGCUUAGGUAUAGACGACCCAGUGACCCGAGAUACAUUCAGGUCCGACUCUGACUACUAUAUGGGGCUGGCCCAACAGAUUUCUGAUAUGAUGGUGGCAGUUUUGCUGGAUUGUGGUGGCAUAAUGUCAUUGGCUGAUGUCUGGUGCAGAGUGAACCGGGCCAGAGGUCUCGAGCUGGUAUCACCAGAGGAUUUACUGAAUGCUUGCAAAUUACUGCAAACAAUAGGUGCUCCGAUGUCUUUACGCAAGUUCCCCAGCGGUGCGUGUGUUCUACAGCUGAACAGCCACCAAGAUGAUGAAGUGGCCAAAACAACUAAGGAAUUGUUGGAUCAACAUGACGUGCUAACACCAGAGAAGUUGUCGCAAAUAGCGAAUGUUUCCAUCCUACUGGCUCGCGAGCAACUGUUCACUACGGAGCGGCUGGGCAUGGCGUGCCGGGACGAGUCCAUUGAGGGACUCGCUUUCUACCCCAAUUUGUUCCUCACUAAUCCCUCCUAGCACAAGAGAAAACAGAGGUUCAUUGUCGUCAGCCACAUCCCUAAGGGGACAUUUAUGUGAAUGACUUCAAUGGGACUCUGUUGGUGGAAAUAGCCACAUAAUCAUUUUCUCUGAAAGGACUAAAUUUGUUGUGAUUUGUGAUAGAUAACAGUGAUGCAAGUGCUUUUUAACUAAGAUGCCAUGUUAAAUCGUAGUGGUAUGUUAUAUUUGUUACGCGUUAUCAGAUUGGUUGAAUUAAAUAUUUGCAUAAGCUGUUGUGUAAGAUUGUAAAUAUAAUAUGCUGUAAAAAGUAUUAAAUGAAUAUAUCAAUAUAUUGCGUUAAUUGAAA